AUGGCAGCCGAAUCAGAACUUCGAAUGGUUCAUGCAGAAGUGGCUUCCCUGCAAGACGACAAAGAGGGCCCAGAGAUAUUGGAAGCAUGUCGAGUCUCCAAGAGUUGGGACUCUCCCUCAAGCCCGCACGAGUUUUCCGAAGGUGGUUUGGCAGGUUGGGCAACUGCUUUUGGAGCGUUUCUGGUACAGUUUUGCGGGUUCGGUUAUAUCACUUCAUUUGGUGUCUAUCAAGACUUCUAUACCCAACAUUACCUCACAAAUGAGACGUCGUCUGCUAUAUCAUUGAUCGGGAGCACUAGCGGAUCUUUACUCAUGCUCGUGGGCCUCGUGGCAGGUUCACUGCACGACCGGGGGUAUUUUUACCAUCUCCUAAUUGUCGGAUCGUUUCUGGAGUGUUUAUCUCUGUUCAUGUUAUCUUUGUCGAAACCGGAUCAGUACUACCAGAUAUUUCUCUCUCAAGGAUUAGGCUUGGGCAUCGCGACGGGGCUCUUGUAUAUUCCUAGCGUGGCUGUCAUCUCGCAUCACUUCCGACAGAGGCGCACGCUGGUCAUGACGUUCGUCGUUACAGGCUCAUCGCUAGGUGCCAUCAUCCAUCCGAUCAUGCUCAACAACCUCAUCAACGGCCCUCUUGGUUUUGCCAACGGCGUCCGUAUAAGCGCAGGGUUGAUCACCUUGUUUCUCUUAACUGCAUGUUUGUGCAUGCGAACUCGCCUUGAUCCGCCGGCGAUACCGGUGAACUAUAUCGUGGCGGCUAGAAAAUGUAUUCGUGAUCUACCAUUUAUGCUCAUGGUCAUAGGGAGCUUUCUUUGCCAGAUCGGUUUCUACUACCCAUUAUUCUUCUUUCAACUAGACUCUAUCAAGCACGGUAUCAGUGUUCAUUUUUCGUUUUACUCUUUAGUGAUCUUGAAUGGGUCCAAUUGCUUAGGGCGAUUCACGUCAGGGUUUAUUGCAGGGUUCACGGGGGUUGUGAAUUUAACCACAGUGACGGCAAUUUUGUGCAGUGUCCUCAUUUUUGCCAUGAUUGGGCUGAGUAGCUUGGCAAGCGUCGUUGUGCUUGGCGUGAUUUAUGGCUAUCUUUCAGGGCUGAACGUUGCGAUGUUGACUCCACUCAUGGCUACUUUAACGCCUGACGUCUCUGAGCUUGGGCAACGCACGGAUGGGCAUCUGUCUCUUUACUGCUGGUGA